AUGAUCAUGGCAGAUUUUAUUCUAGAAAAUAAUAAACUUUUUCAGCCACAGUCAGAUUCUGUGUUUCAGGAAUUUUCCAGAAAAAAAACAAACUCUCAGAUCAAAAAACCUGGACAGACACUGACGCCUGAGUCUGGAACAUUCUCUAAACUGGAAACAGGUGAAUUCAUCCACCUCCACGCCCUCCUCGGACAAACUCAGACUCUAGUGGACUUUGUCAAAGACGAACUGACUUGGUCAGACUGUAUUUUUCCUUUUUGCAGUGUUCAUGUGCCUUUGAAAACUUUUGUGCAAAAGCCGAUAAGCUCGUUGUUCCCCUGCAGAUCCACACAACAGAGGACUGGUUGUUUCUGUGCCUUAUUCUCGUACACACUGUGUGCACGACACACACACUCUACUCACAUAUCAGUGCAGCUAAGGUAG